AUGCAGUGCCACCCAUACCAGUCACUCUCGAUCGAUGCCAGAGUCAAACAUGUGCACAACAACCCCAAAUUCGACCUCCGUGCCGGAUUGCAGAGAGGCAUGACCGACAUUCCAAGGUUAAGAGAAGGGGCGGUUGGUGCUCAAUUCUGGUCUAUCUGCGUUCCAUGCCUUCGAAGCGCAGAGAACUUCAGUACACCGGAGUACUCCGAUAUGGCAUGCGAUGAAAUUGAGCUGAUUGAUACGACCACGCGUAUGGUGCAGAGCUACCCCGACGUUUUCGAGAUCAUCAAGGGCGCAGAUAAUGUUGGGAAAGUGUAUCGCGAGGGCAAGAUCGCCUGCUCUAUGGGUAUCGAAGGCCUCCACAUGGCUGGAAACUCGAUCGGCAUUAUUCGAGCCUUUUACACCCUCGACUCGAGCACUUCAAAGAUUGGUCCUGUUCACGGAGGCCUGUCAAAACUAGGUCGGUCGGCAGUCAAAAAGAUGAACCGGUUGGGCAUGAUCGUGGAUGCCAGUCACGUCAGUGAGGACUGCGCACGACAGGUCCUGGGACUAAGCCUAGCGCCAUUGAUGUCCUCCUACAGCAACGUCAAAGGCUUCUUCGAUUGUCCACGUAAUGUGCCGGACGAUAUUCUGGAUCUCAUCUCAAGUAACGGAGGUGUCGUAUGCGUCACCUUUGUGCCAGAGCACGUUGCCAGUCGACGCAAGGAUGCGAAGAUGGAAAUGGUACUGGACCACAUGUUCUACAUCGCAGAUCGCAUCGGGUGGGACCACAUCAGUCUUGGCUCCGACUUCGAUGACAUUGCUUCUGUGAUCCCAGGCCUUGAAGACGUUCAGUGCUAUGCUGCACUGAUGCAAGCCAUUCUCGACCGUGGCGCGACCGAGGAACAGCUGCGCAUGGUAAUAGGAGACAAUAUGCUGAGGGUGUGGAGGGGAGUCGAAAGAGUCAGAGACCAGAUGGCCGCGGAAGGCGUACUUCCCGUGGAAGACGUAUGUGAAGGACGACAAUGGUGGCGAUAUGACCGGUAUUAUCACAUACCGGACCCUGAUCCUGAAGAUAAGCUUGGGUUAGGUUGGUAUGGCGUCCCGCCUCCAGAAGGGUUGUAUCAUGGAGAUUAG